UCCCAAUCGAACGGAUGACGACACAACCAACCUCACCCAUUUGAUGGAUGAUCCGGCCGUAUAUACCUUCCUAUCGCGUCGUCCGGGCCCCGGGAGUAGUAAAAAAGUCUCAUCUCGUUCAUCUGGAGCCUCGCUUCGCCCUCUGUGUUACCACCAUCAGGUUCCAGCCCGUCUCCUUCAAUUCUAUAGGGAGGGAAAGAGGAAAGGCAGUGGAAAGCAGAGAGUGUCUUCCGGUUCAUCGUCUUUCUCUCUUUCCAGUCCCCGAUCAAUGGGGCGCCACGUUAUGGAUAGUCGCGUCCUGGGGUUCGACACUACCGACCGCUUGGGGCUCCCUGUGUAACGAGAGAUUCUGGUCGCUACUAUUAUCAGGCUGGAUUCAAUUCCGCAACCUAUCUAGGCGAUCAUCAGACUGGCUAGCUACCUAGGAGGGUCUACUAACUCUCCUGGGGCGUUCAAUCUGGUAAAAUGAUCUUCGGCGCCUUUUCUCUAGAGGCUAA